UCAUCGUCUAGCUCAGCUAUGGCGAUUAGCUCAAUUCAGUCGUAAGACAGCGAACAAUGAUUCUACAGCUUAUCAGUGCACUAGUGCUACUUCAAAUAGCCUACGCUGCUCCGGCAGACAAAGAUCUGUCGAGAAUAGUCAACGGCACGGAUGCGUCUAUCAAUGACUACCCUUUUAUGAUAUCUCUGAGAAGCAGCUCAGGUCGUCAUUCUUGCGGUGGAAGUAUCCUGAACGAGAGAUGGAUUCUAACCGCUGCUCAUUGCGUCAACUACUACACAACGCCUUUGGUGCAAUCUGUCCAGAUUGGUAGGACGGAUGUUUCCAUUGAGAUCGACGAAUCCGUGUACUUUAUCGAAGAUGUGGUCAUACAUCCCUACUACAAUCCGUCCAACAGUUAUAUCUUUGAUGUGGCUUUAAUAAAGCUGAAGAAAUCGUUGGUAUUCGGUGCAACGAUCCAACCGGUUCAGCUACCGAAAAAAUACGACGAGGUCGAUGAGACCGAUUUGGCAGUGACCCUGAUCGGGUGGGGUCGAAUCGAAUCGGAUGGCAUUCUACCAACUACCCUGCAAAAAGUAGAUUACUUUGUGGUUCCUAAUGCGAAGUGCAACGAUUUUCACUCAAACCACAUCUAUCCGAAUCACAUUUGUGCAGCCAUUCCGGAAGGUGGGAAGGGCCAGUGCAGUGGAGAUUCUGGAGGGCCACUGUUACAUAAUGGAGUCCAAGUUGGCAUCGUGUCGUGGAGUAUUAAGCCAUGCGCAAUUGCACCUUUUCCAGGAGUGCUAACCAAGGUGUCUUACUUCAUUGACUUUAUUCAAGAGAAUAUCGGAUUUGGAUAGCUUCUCAGUGGUUUGAGUUGCGUCUCGCUGUAAUAAAACUCUUAUCAAUUCUGAAAUAUAUUCCAUUUUAAA